AUGUCGCACGAGCCCCAAGAUGGGAUAGAAUUAAGGGAGCGGGAUGAAAGUAUGGCGGCAGGCAAUGCUCAAGUUGGUCUGGAAAGUAUAGACCCAAUCAACGACUACAUGGAGCGUGGACUCCCAUCCCUGAACCACAAGCCUUUCUUCCUUCGAGCAUGGGUUCUUCUCUGUGCAGCUCUGAUGAAUAUUGGCUGGAUCAUCUGGCUUGCAAUUGCUUACGCCGAGCCUCUUUGGCAGGGUCCCGAUUUCAUUCUCGAUGGACUUUUCUCGGGUUACAUUGCAACAGCCGCCAAGUUCCUCAUCACCCAGCAAGUUCUGAACGUUGGUAAAAUCAUGCCCUAUCGAAAUAUGCGAUACCCAGCUGGACGAAACGUGCACAAUACUAUUGACUCCGAUUAUUGGCCCUAUGAAUGGCCGGUUGUUAGAUUUCGUGCAAUCCGGAAUGGGGAUUACUUCUUCCAGUUUGUGGAUAUUGUCGCUUUUAUCUUCACAUUCGCUGUUGUCCAGUUCGGAAGCAAUGUGUUGAGUCAGCAAUACGACACGAAUGGCAAUUUCCUUGGGUAUGCUCCGAAUCGUGGUGUGAUCAUUAUCGUCAUCAUAUGCCACAGUGCCUUUAUUGUUACCACUCUGGCUAUUUUGGUAUGGCUUCAAUUGAAAGAAACUGGACUUCUGGCCGAUCCCGGAUACCUGUCUCUCUAUCUGUCCAUUUUCAACAAAGGAGACAUUCAGGAAGACUUCCAAGGUUUGGAAGAUGAGGAUCGUCGAUGGAUAGUUAGGCAACAUCUGGCGCAAAACGAGUAUCGAAUAGGAUACUGGCCUAAGGGCCCAAAGAGUGCAGUCUACGGAAUACGGCGAAGAAAGAUCUCGGAGAACAUUCCUAGUCACAGUUCGUUCAAGCCGAGAAGUCCAACGAAAUAUCCCGAGUUUCGAUAUAUUCCGUGGUUCUUGGCAAGUUUUUGGGUUUGUACUUGGACUUCUCUUUUAACCGCAGCACUCGCUAUCAUGACCACACUUGUAACACGCGACGACAUCAUCCAUUUUGGCUUCCCUCCCUACGUGUCAACGACAGUAACGCCUUUUGUUGACGUUUCUCCUGCUCAGUUCUUGUGGAGUUUCUUUCCAUCAUUCGCUGCCGAUCUAUUUCUCUUGCUAGUCCAGAGCAUCGACACCUUCUACCGCCUAGUUCAACCCUACGUUGACCUCAAGAGGAAAGAAGCCAAGCCAAAACUGAUUAUCAACUGCUUCCGGAUCAACUACAACAACGACCUACCCCUAAUCGUCACUAUCCGAGCGUUGAAGAACGGACAUUUCAAACUUGCUUUCAUCUCAUUAUUCGCUCUCUUUGCAACCCUUACUCCUGCCUGGGCUGCAAACAUGUUUUAUGUUCAGAAUAGUUGGAUUGCGGUGUGGACAAGAUAUUUCUAUCCUAUGCUCGUAUACAUGUGCCUCUUGAUUCUGUUCCUGCUCUGGACUAUUCCAGAUCAAUCACGGUAUAUGCCACGCGACUUGGAGACAAUUGCAGAUCAUAUGGCGCUAUUCUCGCAGAGCUCACUUCUCGAUAACGGGGAAUUUCAACAAGAGCUCCCCAUGUCGCCAAUCCGGACUUCGCCAAGAGUCGUUAGCACAUAUGGAUCGCCAGCAUCUAUGGGUGCUAAAUCAAAUAAGAAACAAGGGUUGGAAAGAAACGUUCUUGGAAGUCAAGCAAGCCUUCAUUGGUCCCCCGGAGCUUGUAGAGAGCGUGACUAA